GACCCACCAACGCCCGAAGGCACCAUGCUGCCCGACGAGCCCACGCCGUCUGAAGGCCCCCCACCAACCGAGGAUCCCAUGCCGUCCGAAGGCCCCACGCAACCCGGAGACGCCACCCUGUCCCCGCCUGUAGAUCCAUUCCCGCCAGAAGAGUCCACACCAUCCCCACCUGUAGAUACCACACCGUCAGAAGACACUACUCCUACACCCCGCCCAGCUCUUGUCGUCAUUAUUGUUGCAGUAAUUUUCCAACCAUACGUACCGGAACUGGCAGACCCUGGGAGUGACCAAUUCCGUAUCCUUGCUAAUAGAAUCUUCUUGUUGUACGACUUCAUAUACAGACGGAGGUACACAACAUACAACCGCUGCAUCGUCAGAAGCUUCAGGCGCAGCUCAGCCCUGACUCGAGAGGAUGAUAAUGUUGUGGCAGAUGUGGACAUUGAGUUUACAAACAACAGCACGUCAGGCGAAGCGCUUCCUGAACCGGAUGAUGUGACGUUAACAUUAAAAGAGGGCCUGAACAACACAAACACAACCCUAAACAUUGACACUGAGUCCAUAGAAGGCAUCGAAAGGAUAAUUACAACCGUUGCCCCGACGACGAACGCCACCGCCGCCCCGACGACGAACGCCACCGCCGCGCCGACGACAAAUGCCACCACAACCCCAACCACCGAAGUCACGCCUGAUACAGCAACAACUCCCACAACGACUCCUCUACCACCUCCAGAUCUUGUAAUCAUUGUUACUGUGGUAUUGAUCGAACCAUACGUACCAGAACUGGCAGACCCUGCGAGUGAACAAUUCCAGAACCUUGCUGAUAGAAUCUUCUUGUUGUAUGACUUCAUAUACAGGCGGAGAUACACAACAUACAGCCGCUGCGUCGUCACAGGUUUCAGGCGCAGCCCACCCCGGACUCGAGCGGAUGACAAUGUUGAGGCGGAUGUGGACAUCGAGUUUAUAAACAACAGCACGUCAGGCGAAGCACUUCCUGAACCAGAUAAUGUGGCAUUAACGUUAAAAGAGGGCCUGAACAACACAAACGCCAAUCUAACCAUCGACCCUGAAUCCAUAGUCGCCCUUGAAAAAAAUCUAACAACUGCAGCUGCGCCAACAAUUGCAACUGCGUCAACAACUGCAACUGCACCAACAACUGCAACUGCGCCAACAACUGCAACUGCGUCAACAACUGCAACUGCGCCAACAACUGCAACUGCGCCAACAACAGCGUCAAUAACUACAGCUGCGUCAAAGACUGCAACUGCGCCAACGACUGCAGCUGCAUCAACAACUGCAACUGCGCCAACAAGUGCAACUGCGUCAACAACUGCAACUGCGCCAACAACUGCGUCAGCAACUCCAGCUGCGUCAACGACUGCAACUGCGCCAACAACUGUAGCUGCAUCAACAACUGCAACAACCGUCACAUCAGCAACAACCACUGCUCUUGCAACGCGUCGACUGUCAUUCCGAUCGGCGGGAGAGCAGUUUACCCAGGACUUGUUGAAUCCAGCUUCUGCAGCAUUUAUCAAUCGAGCGGACCUUAUCAAGAAAACCCUUGAAGUUUUCUUCCGAAAACUCGCUUCAUUCCGCUUCUUGACCGUGGUUUCAUUCAGUAACGGCUCCAUCAUCAACAACAUGGAUUUGAGUUUCACGGCCAGCUCCGUGCCCAACAAUACCGUCAUCGGGCAAGUUUUGAUCGACGCCGCGCCAAACAUCUCAGAUUUCAACGUGGACACCUCCUUCAUUUUUGUUGGCGGCACGCCGGUUUCAAGUGGAACACUCUUCAAUAGCAGUCUGCUCACUGCAUCCUGCCUACUGCUGCUUUCGUGGUUGUUAGCAAACUAGCAAUAAAAAUGCUAAUUAGACGUACUUUCAACUAAUUCACCAAAACGCAUGACGACAACAGUUCAUCUUGACGUAAUCAUUAACAUGAUUGUUUUUCUUGUAAAAUGACAUUUGUUGGGUAUUGCAGCACUAAAGUUGAUUUACUGAUUUAACCUUUUGGAGAGCGUGCGUUUAAAUACUAUGAUUUUCUUUUGUUUUUAUAAUCGAUUGUAUCGUGUUAUUGGAGGAUAGAACUACUUUAUAUCAGAUGAAAAUGCCCUCGAAUCAACAAAAAAUGUCCCCCCGAAUAACCCAAAAGUGAAAAGGAAGUGCCAAAAUAAGCUGAAAUUUACCCAGGUAUGACAAAAUAAUGCCCCAAAAUGAAUACAAAGUCACCAAAUUAACAGGUCAUCACACAAAUUCAACACGAAGUGACCUAAAAUAAUCAAGGAGUGGUGUGGUAAUGCCCAAAAAUCAUUAAGAAUUGAUCCAUUGAUACCCUAAAAUGAACAGGAAGUGACCCAAAGUCAACAGGAAGUGACGCGAGGAAGUUUCUCGGGUAGUAACCCUACGCAAUUUGUCCAAAAAUUUAGUUAUUAUUCACAUCUUAUUUAUUUUUUUAAUGUAUUUACUAAUUUAAAAAAUAUUUUGAAAGGCAUUUUUAUUAUAAUCCAAAAAAAAAAAAAAAAAGUAAUAGAAAUACGAAAGUUGAAUUGACCAAUAGAGGUUUAACCGUAUCAGAUUAUGAGAUUUAUCUUUUAAAGCAACUAACAUUUGAAUCCGUGUUCAUUACUGUGCUAACUUUACAACAUUAAAUAUACUAAUUCAUGGUACGAUAUUGUGAAAUGUCAUUUUUCAACAAUAUGUGUCCGAUCAGAACAUUACUUUUAAUCUCAUUGUACUAUUUAUAAUGACAAAUAAUAAGAAAUAAAGUCUAUUCUAUUUUCAAGUAAA